GGUAGACAAAUGAUUGUGGCACAGAUGUUCAACCAGUAAUAAGGAAGAUCCCUGCUGAAAUUAUAAAAGUUCUUGUUUUGGUUAAAAAUUUUAUAAACACAAAUUGGUUUAAGUUUUUGAUAUUUAUUUUCUUUCGCAUUUUGAUAUAAUUAUGUAUGAGGCACAAGAAAUUAAUGCAGAACACAAAGACCUUAUCAACGAUGUGGCUUACGAUUAUUAUGGUACUCGCAUGGCCACAUGUUCUACCGAUCAUUUUGUUAAAGUUUGGGAUCAAAAUAAGGAAGGAAAAUGGACGCUAACUUGCAGCUGGAAAGCGCACAGCGGGGCUGUUUGGAAAGUUACCUGGGCUCAUCCGGAAUUUGGGCAAGUGCUGGCCACUUGUUCGUUUGAUCGCACGGCCGCUGUUUGGGAAGAAAUAGUUGGAGACCCUGGACCAGGCAAAAGAGGCACUAGGCAUUGGGUCAGACGAACAAAUUUGGUUGACUCUAGAACAUCUGUCACUGAUGUUAAGUUUGGGCCAAAAAAUCAAGGACUGCAGUUGGCAACAUGCUCUGCCGAAGGAAUUAUAAGGAUUUAUGAAGCUCCAGAUGUUAUGAAUUUGAGUCAGUGGACCUUGCAACAUGAAAUACAAUGCAAACUGUCACUAAGUUGCCUUUCAUGGAAUCCCAGUUUAUCUAAGUUACACCCUCAGAUGAUAGCUGUAGGUAGUGAUGAGGCCAAUCCGUCUUUAGGUGGGAAAGUAUUUAUCUAUGAAUACAGCGAAAAUUCAAGAAGAUGGAUAAAACUAGAAUCUGUUAGUAGUAUUACAGAUGCCGUGCAUGAUAUAGCGUUUUCUCCCAAUCUGGGAAGGAGUUUUCACAUUUUAGGAGUAGCUACCAAAGAUGUCAGAAUAUUGAAUUUAACACCCGUGGAGGAUGAACAAAAUGCCCAAACUGGUGGUACAAAAUUGGAUAUUCAGACUGUGGCGCAGUUUGAUGAUCACAACUCUACAGUUUGGCGAGUAUGCUGGAAUGUUACUGGCACAAUCCUCGCGUCAAGCGGUGAUGACGGAUGCGUUAGAAUGUUUAAAAUGAACUACCUUAAUUCAUGGAAACCAGUGACAGCUUUGAAAGGAGACGGAGCUCCAGUGGUAACAGAAGCGGCAGCUUCUGUUUCUCCAGCUUCAGCCGGAACUGUGGCAUCUGUCGCGUCCCAAACAGCAAGAUACAUAAAACUAGGGGCGAUUUCACAGGCGAGAGAUACUUGGUACUAAAUGAGGACCAUUUAAAAAAUAAAUUAGAGAUUAAGUAUUAUUUUUUUAUAUUAAAAUGUAGUUUUCGUACAGUGCGGUAGUACAAAAAUUACCAAAACUUCAGUGAC